AAUGAGUGAAGGCGCCGUGACAACAGGGGGCGGGGAGAAAGGGGGCAUCAUGGCCGCCCCCAGUGCUCUGCGUCCGGGGACUUGUGGGAGUUGCACUAACCCGCCGCUCCGCCACAGCAGACUCGCCUUCUGCCCUCAUCGGCUGAGCCUGGGUCGGGCCGGGUCAGUUCUGCGAGUCGGCGGCUGGAGAGGGACCCAUGGGGACGGUGCACGCCCGGAGUUUGGAGCCUCUUCCAUCAAGUGGACCUGAUUUUGGAGCAUUGGGGGAAGAAGCUGAAUUUGUUGAAGUUGAACCUGAAGCUAAACAAGAAAUUCUUGAAAACAAAGAUGUGGUUGUUCAACAUGUUCAUUUUGAUGGGCUUGGGAGGACUAAAGAUGAUAUCAUCAUUUGUGAAAUUGGAGAUGUUUUUAAGGCCAAAAACCUCAUUGAGGUAAUGCGGAAAUCUCAUGAAGCCCGUGAAAAAUUGCUUCGUCUGGGAAUCUUUAGACAAGUGGAUGUUUUGAUUGAUACGUGCCAAGGUGAUGAUGCACUUCCAAAUGGGUUAGAUGUUACCUUUGAAGUAACUGAAUUAAGGAGAUUAACAGGCAGUUAUAACACCAUGGUUGGAAACAAUGAAGGCAGCAUGGUACUUGGCCUCAAACUCCCCAAUCUCCUAGGUCGUGCAGAAAAGGUGACUUUUCAGUUUUCCUAUGGAACAAAAGAAACUUCAUAUGGCCUGUCCUUCUUCAAACCACAGCCUGGAAACUUUGAAAGAAAUUUCUCCAUAAACUUGUAUAAAGUUACUGGGCAGUUCCCUUGGAGCUCACUGCGGGAGACGGACAGAGGAAUAUCGGCUGAGUAUAGUUUUCCCAUAUGGAAGACCAGCCACACUGUCAAGUGGGAAGGCGUGUGGCGAGAGCUGGGCUGCCUCUCGAGGACAGCGUCCUUUGCUGUUCGAAAGGAAAGUGGACAUUCGCUUAAAUCGUCUCUGUCGCAUGCCAUGGUCAUCGAUUCUCGGAAUUCUUCCAUCUUGCCAAGAAGAGGUGCUUUGCUGAAAGUUACCCAGGAGCUGGCAGGCUACACCGGAGGGGACGUGAGCUUCCUCAAAGAGGAUUUUGAACUUCAGUUGAAUAAACAAUUCAUAUUCGAUUCAGUUUUCUCGGCAUCUCUCUGGGGUGGAAUGUUGGUGCCCAUUGGUGACAAGCCGUCCAGUAUUGCUGACAGGUUUUACCUUGGGGGACCGACAAGUGUCCGUGGAUUCAGCAUGCACAGCAUCGGGCCGCAGAGCGAAGGAGACUACCUUGGUGGAGAAGCAUACUGGGCCGGUGGCCUGCACCUGUACACCCCGUUACCCUUCCGGCCAGGCCAGGGUGGCUUUGGAGAACUUUUCCGAACACACUUUUUUCUCAAUGCAGGAAACCUCUGCAACCUCAACUACGGGGAGGGCCCCAAAGCUCAUAUUCGCAAGCUGGCUGAGUGCAUCCGCUGGUCCUACGGUGCCGGCAUCGUCCUCAGGCUUGGCAACAUCGCUCGGCUGGAACUUAAUUACUGCGUCCCCAUGGGAGUGCAGAGGGGCGACAGGAUGUUGGGAUGGUUUAUGCUGUCACUGUGGAUCACAGAGGGGUGCAGAUAUUGCUUCUGGUUAGGUCUCGCCCACUGCUGCCGUUGCCCGAUGGACACCAGGAUCCCUGGAAGGCUGCCCCACAGCUGUGCGUCCUCAGGGCUGAGGCAGCGAUGUGUCAGAAAGAGCAAGGCCUGUGAGUGCUCCUGAGCCUGGGUCCAGAGUCCUGCCGUGUCGCUUCUCAGCUGUGUGACCGGAGCCUGUUUGCUCAUCCAAAAGUGUUCUGUCAGCGGGUUAUCACCAGCGCAUGGAAUCCCACCUGCAGAGUGUCAGCUCAUGGCAGGUGUUGUGACCGAUGUGACCUCUUUGCAGCUGUCCUGGGUCAGGAGAAGGUCUGAGAGGUGGUUAGGCCAAAUCUCUGUGGGGCCGCGAUGCUGCCAUCUUCCUAAGCCCCCGGGCCUUCUGGGGUCUGGGCAGGCCUUGAGUUCUGCCCACCUACCUGCCCCCAGCCGCUCCCCCACCCUCCUCUGUCCUUCCCACUCCCCUGCCUCUCUGUCCUCGCUGUUGGGAUUGGGGGACAUAAAGGAGGUGAGGAGGGGAGUGUUUAUGGCUCCAUUUCUUCCCUUUGCCAGCCUCCAAAGGCUGGUUCUGCACCUGCACAGGAGGCGGCAGGGCCGCCAGGGCGAGGCAGGCAGGAAGGCGGGCGGCGGGCGGCGGGCAGGGUGCUGCCGAGGAAAAUGGCAGGGCGCGCAGAGCGGGCCGUGGGAUCUGAUU